GGGGGGGGUGACUGAGAAAAGUUUGCUGUUCCAGUACAUCAGGCAGUUUUGACGGUGCUGUUCCAAGAGGAGCAGCCCUCUUUAAAAAACAGCAACAUGAUGUCCGCUAUAGAAACUGGUACCCCAAUGUACCAACCUGCACAGCUGCUCAACUGGGUCUACAUGUCUUUGCAAGACACUCAGAGCGGAGGAUUUGAUGCGUUCAAAGCCGAGUCAGACACAACUACUCAGGAAUUGAACAUCUCUAAGCGCAGUGUUGCUGAUUUGAGCUCCAACUAUAUCAACAACUUCUUCCAUCUGAGGAGUGAGGCCUUGAACAACAACAACUUCUACAAGAGUUCCUCGCCCUACGGGUCCCUCAGCAAUAUCGUGGACGGCCUGAGCUCUCUGGCGGACCAUUUUUCAGACCUCUCCCUGUCCCCCGAGGCACGCAAACCCAGCAAAAGGCCGCCACCCAACUACCUGUGCCACCUUUGCUUUAACAAAGGACACUACAUCAAAGACUGCCCUCAGGCUCGACCCAAAGGUGAAGGCCUGACCCCGUAUCAGGGGAAGAAGCGGUGCUUCGGUGAAUACAAAUGCCCUAAAUGCAAGAGGAAGUGGAUGAGCGGGAACUCCUGGGCCAACAUGGGACAAGAAUGUAUCAAGUGCCACAUCAACGUUUACCCUCAUAAACAGCGGCCUCUGGAGAAGCCUGACGGGUUGGAUGUGUCUGACCAGAGCAAAGAGCACCCGCAGCACCUGUGUGAAAAAUGCAAAGUCCUCGGCUACUACUGCCGCCGUGACCAAUAACACUCUACCCUCCUUAAAAACACCCCUUCAAAGAUUUAUCAAUAAGGAAUAGCUUUAUUUGAAUGACUAAAAAAAUACAAGAUAAAGAACUUUAUUUUACUGUGAUGCAUUUUCAGUCACAAAAAAAACCUCUGAAACUGUGACUCUUGGCAUAAAAGGCUCUUCUUUUUCUUUUCUUUUUUCUUUUUUACAGUGUCUGCCAAUGAGGGAGAGUUUUUACUUUUCAUUUGAAGGUAACUGACUCUGACUUUUAUUAUGUAUAUUUUCCCUCAGAGUCUUAACAAGGAACCAAGAAUCUUUUCGACUGUGAAUUAAGAAACUUGUGACUGUCCUCACUCAUGUUCAUUCACUGCAGUUCGUGAGUGAAGUGUCUUUAUAACAUGUUUGUAUAUCCCAGAAAUAACUUAUAAUAAUGUUUUCUGUAUAAAAUAUGCAACAGGUCUUUACUAAAAUAAGAUAUGCAGUAUAAAUGUAUAUCUGUAUUGUUAUCUGUAUUAUCAGUACUUGAGGGUGCAUACUUUUAGAAUAUAUUUUGACUUAUUACAUUUUGUGAAGGAAUAUAUGAGCAAGAAAACUAACAGUUUUUCCUCCUAAGAUAUGUGCUUGUAAGUCUUCAGUUGUGCUUAAAGGUGCACUAUGGAGUUUUUGGUAGAGAACUGUGACAGUUGCAGACACAGAUUCUGUGGUAUAUGUUCAUAACUCUAUAUACAAACUGUCCUAAGAGGGACAUUUUGCCCUGUAACACUGUUUGAAGAUAAAAUGCUAUGCGAGAAGUUCUAGUGAUGGGCCCUCAACAGUGAAACCGUAGCUCCUGGUAGCUUUUUCGCUCCAAACAGUGUUCCAGGGACCCAUUUUUUUCCUUUGAAUUAAGUUGUUGUAUUAAGUUAAGUGAAUAUAGCAUAGAAUUGAUUAACUUCUCAAACUUUCAAAUUUCAGUCCCAAAUCUAGCUCACCUUUCGGUUAGUUUGUCAGUGAGAAGUUUUUCUAGACUGUAACCAAAUGCAAUAAGGUGGAAGCUUUUGAUUCCCUGACAUUAGAUUGAAUUACAGCUGUUAUAUUCCAGCACCCAGUGCUAAGGGACUCGCCAGAGUGUUUUUAUUUUUGGGGUUGUGCCAUGACAUGAAGAGGGAAUACAUAUGUGAAUGUAAUAUGAAGGAUUAAGUGGAAGGCUACGUGUUGCUUUAAGGGCUUUUUGUAUUUCAGUGCUCUUUUGAUGUUAAAUGACUAUGGAACAAAAUCUUACUAUGACUUUAAGCUGUUUUAAAAAGUGUGAAACACCAUUUUAAUGUGCCUUAUAAGUGACCCCUGAGAUUGAUGUUGAUCUCUAUAAAAAAAAAGUUUUGUAUUAAAAACGAUUUAAACACUUUA